AUGCUGGGGAGGCCCCUCUCCCCCGAGGGGCCCCCGGGGGCCCCCAUUCAGGCCCCUCAAAGGGGCCCCUUUUUGACCCAAGAGCUGCCCCGCAGCUGCCUGGCUUCGGCGCUGCAGCAAGCCGUCCCCAGGGGCCCCCUAAGCCCUCCUCAGUACCCUGGGGGCCCCCCUUUUCUGAUGGGCCCCUCUGCGGGGGCCCCCCCCCCUGGCCUAGCCUUCUUGGGCCCUGCCUUUCCCCCAGAGCUCAGCAAAAACUUGUGUGCGGCUUUUCUAAACACUAGCCCUUCUGGGGGGCCCCCCGGGGCCCCUCCAAAGGAGCCCCCGGGAAGGCCCCCGGGGGGCCCCCCAGGGACCCCCCUGACCUUUCUGCCGCUCUCGUUUUUGGCUGCUGCGCUGCCGGAGGUGCUGAGCGAUGUGGAGUUCGUUGCUGCCCAUUUGCAGCAGCCCGCAGCAGCAGGGGCCGCGGGCCACCUGCUGCUGCUGCGGUAUGCUGCAGCAGUGAGCAGCAGCAGCAGCAGCAGCAGCAGCAGAGUCACAUGGGAUGAAGUCUUGAGGCCCGUUGCUGUUGAGACGCAGCAGCCAGGGGCCCCUCGGGGGGCCUCUGCUUCGGUCCCUCGGAGCCCGUUGGGCCCCCUCACUACUCCGAAGCAGCAGCAGCAGCAGCAGCAGCAGCAGCAAAGGAUGCGCUGCUUCUUCGUUGGCGUCUCAGGGGUACUUCUUCAGGGGCCCCUCGAGGGGCCCCCGAGGCCCUCCGCAGCCCUUCCGGCCUUUCCUGCAUGCGGUGCUGCAGCAUAUGCGCAGCUGUGCUCCAUGAUCAGCAGCAGCAGCAGCAGCAGCAGCAGCGGCAGAAGUAGCUUGCUUUCUGUGCUGCCGCCGCCCUUGCGGGCUGCUGCUGCUGCGCGGCUGCAGCCUGCGAACGCCUCGCCAGCAGCAGCAGCAGCAGCAACAGCAGCAGCAGCACCAGCAACACCAGCAACACCAGCAGCAACAGCAGCAACACCAGCAGCAGCAGCAACACCAGCAGCAGCAGAAGCAGCAGUAGCAGCAGAGAAAGCAGAUGCUGCUAGUCCUUCUGAGCUCAAGGAGACACAAAGGACAAAAAAGGGGCCCUCAAAAGUGAAGCGGCUUUGGGGGGCCCCCAGCAGCAAACAGAGAGCUGCUGCUGCUGGCGCAAACGACUUGCUUCUUUGUUGCUGGCAGCAGCUCAGGAGCAGCAAGCCAGCUGGUCCUCCGGCGACGAGUCCGCAGCGCAUGAGGUUGAACCCAGCAGCAGCAGCAGCAGCAGCAGCAGCAGCAGCAGCAGCGAGGAUGAAGCAGACCAGGAACUUUCGAGAGAAGCAAAUGGAACAAGCGGCGCUGCCUCAGCAGCAGUCCCCCCAUAUGCUGCCGUGGGGGGAGAAGCAGCAGCAGCAGCAACAGCAGCAGAGUCAGCAGCAGCAGCAGCGCAGCUAG